GAAAAGACAAGGCCUGCUUUAUUCAUCUCCAUCGCCAUCGGAUCCGCUCAUCAGAACUUUCAUUGGAAAGUCUACAUUAUCUUUUACCAAAAGCCCCAAGAUUAUGCUUUCUUAACUGGCCUAGACAACAAUAGAAUAAAUCACCACACACUCGGAUUCUUACCCUCGCACCGCUUUACUUGUUCCUACAGGAUAAAUUAUUGAAUCAAUGUCCUCUUUGCUAGUUCACCGUCAGGACAUAGGGAGCGAAUCGGAAUGGAAUGAACAUCGUCGCUACGGAAUCGUUAUUGAUGCUGGAUCUUCUGGCUCUAGAGUCCACGUUUACUCUUGGAAAGAUUACGCACAUCUUCUCCAAACCCAGCCGCUAGAGGCUCUGCGCGGUAAAGUACCCACCGUGGAACGCGGAGACAAGUUGGGGCUUAAAUGGACUCUCAAAGAGCAUCCAGGAAUAUCAACUUAUGCUGGCAAAACAAAGGACAUAGGAGAUCAUUUGAAGAUGCUUUUAGAUUUCGCCGAAGAAGUUGUACCGGCCACAGAACAUAAACAAACACCUAUAUUUUUAAUGGCCACAGCUGGUAUGCGACUUUUACCAAAAGAAGAUCAGGAGGACAUCUUAAGUGCCACCUGUAAUUAUAUCAAAAAAAACUCUGGCUUCAAGCUAGAAAAUUGCAACAAGCAAAUCAAAAUCAUAUCAGGAGAAUUGGAAGGUCUUUACGGAUGGACAGCUGUCAACUAUCUGAUGGGAGGCUUUGACGCUAGCAUCAGUGCAUCACUCGAUGAACAACCUAAGAACGCAGAUGGUAUACGAGAGCAGCACCACACAUUUGGAUUCCUUGACAUGGGAGGCGCUAGCACACAAAUUGCAUUUGAGCCAGAACAUCAUCAGAAAGAGGAACAUAUGGAUGACCUAGAGAAAAUCACGCUGCAUACCCUAGAUGGACGCCGAAUUGAAUACGAUGUUUUUGUAACCACCUUUCUUGGGUAUGGCAGUAAUGAAGCAAGGAGACGGUACCUGGAGGAACGAGUACGCAAGGCUUAUGAUGAGAGUGGACCAAAAUCAGACUUGUUAGAUGAGCAUCAUACGCUCCAUUUGGAUGACCCAUGUCUUCCUAUUGAUCUCAACUUAACCGACUCCUCGUCAACAAGUGUUGCAUUAACACUUCAUGGCACUGGAUCAUUCUCCAAAUGCUUGGAAGCUACCCUUCCACUUCUGAACAAGGAUGUUGAAUGCCCAACCGAACCUUGUUUAUUUAAUGGUGUACACACUCCACAUAUUGAUUGGCUAGUCAACAAGUUUGUAGGAAUAUCUGAAUACUGGUAUUCAUCGCACGAUAUUCUUGGUCUAGGAGGGGUUUACGAUUUUGUUGAGUACGAGAAGAAAGCCACCGAAUAUUGCCAAUCGGAGUGGAACACGAUUCGGCAGAACCACCAACAUGCCAACGAAAUUGAUUUGCAGCGUUACGAAAUGCAAUGCUUCAAGGCUGCUUGGAUGGUCAAUGUGCUCCAUGAUGGUAUCGAAAUACCAAGAAUCGUAGAUGAUGGUGGUCAAGGCACGGCAGCUCAAGAAAAGGAAGUCUUGGAACAGUCGAUUGAAAGUGUCAAUGCCAAGCAUUGGAGUCCGCCGUUCCAAAGUAUCGACACCAUCAAUGACAUUCAAGUUUCUUGGACUUUGGGUGCUAUGCUUCAGUACGUAUCCGAUCAAAUCCCUGUAACGGAUAAUGGGUCCCCAGGGCAUAGUACGGAUGAUGAAGGCCCUCAUGCUAUCGAUAAAGAAGAUGGUCAGCCACCGCUAGAAAACGUAAUCGGUAUACCAGGAAACCCUAUACCCAAAUCAUUGACGCCAAGUAAUGCGCAUUCAUUUGCUUUCUUCGUUAUGUCGAUUAUGAUAAUUUGUUGUUUCCUCGUAUGGUGUAUUUCUCGCAGUCGGUCUCGCCGCCGAGCAGGAAAGAGUUCUUAUGACCCCAACGCGGGGAUCCUCGGCAAUUCAGAUUCAGUGCAUGCCAGCCAAUCUCACGGUUUCCGCUCUCAGCUAUCUCAUUUUCAUCCUGAUAGAAUGUUGCGCGAAACCUACAAUACUGCUCGCUAUUGGUUUUCAAGACUAGGAAGAACUAAUCGAUCGUACAAUCAAGCCCCCACUUCAGUACAUGACCUGGAUGUGGAUGAUUCCGAAUAUGGUGUUACAGUGACAGAAUUGGAUAAUGUUGGAUCUGAAGGCAUUGCUAUUAAUAUAGGAUCCAGCCCUAGUUUGGGUGUAUUACGAAGACCUACGUCUAGCAAUUCUAUUCGAUCGCAACCAUCUAUACCUACGCGGCCUUGGACCAAAAAGCGAUACAGUGGAGAUAGUGCAGCUAGUCUAAUGGGAGCACAGUCGGCCGUUUCUAGCCCUGGCGCAGUAGAGUAUACUGGCAUCAAGAGUUCAUCUUCGGCACUAGGACUAUCCAACAGAAAUGGAAGUUUCACUAAUCUGACUGCGCGAACUGGCAGCUCGCCGAAUCUCAAUUCAUUCUAUCAAAUGGGUCUUACGCCAACACCUCCUACCAUCUCAUCUGAUGACAAUUCUGGAUACCUACCAGCUGCCGUUACAUCAGCAUCUCCCAGAAAGCAAAGCAGAAUGGGUUAUUCUGUAACCGAAACGUCAGAGGAAGAGGACAAUGAAUAUCCAACAAUGGCUCAAAGUGGAUCGAUCGGACCAUCGACGAUUUUGGAUAUUCCAUCCAUAGGCAACAAUGGUCGAGCCAGUCCUGCUGUAUCUCAAGAUGAAAGGCGACGGAAGAGAGGAGAUGACAUUAUGUAGAUACUCACUGCAUAGCUCUGUAAUAAUGUGUAUGCUGGCAUAGAUUCCUUUCCAUAUAAUAAAAAAAACCUCAUAAGCAUUAUGCAUUUCUCGAACAAUUAAGA